AGUUGGAGCAGCUGAUCUCGCUCUUGACUUCCAGGGCUAAAAAUAAUCCUCUGUUAACUCUCCAACUCACUGUAUUUCGUUUCUUCUUCUUUUCUCUGUCUGCUGUCUUUUUAAAAUUAAAUUUCAGCCGGAAUGAAACGGUGCCAGUCAGGAUAAUCCCUUUAUUUCCAGCAGGUUCUUCAGUUCCAGACCACUUCCUGGUCCAACUCACCUGAGCGAACAUCCUUCGUCCUGCUGAUGACCUCAUCAUUUAACUCAGCUCUGACGGCUUCACACGGCUGAGUCUCAUGCUGGUGUUGUGACACUCCAUGGCAGCAAGACGCUGACCUGACGGAUUUCUGUUUCUGCCAGUCUGACUCCGGGUCUGGGAGGAACCAAUGGCUGCUGGCAUGCCGUUGUCAUUUUGUGGCGACAAGGUUCCCAGUGCAUACGGCAUCAACGAUGGCGUGCUCAACAAUGGCUGCUUCGUGGACGCCCUCAACCUGGUUCCUCACGUCUUCCUGCUCUUCAUCACCUUCCCCAUCCUCUUCAUUGGUUGGGGCAGCCAGAGCUCCAAGGUUCAGAUUCAUCACAACACGUGGCUUCAUUUCCCCGGACACAACAUGCGGUGGAUCCUCACCUUCCUGCUGCUCUUCGUCCACGUGUGCGAGUUCGCAGAGGGCAUCGUCUCCAACACGACAAUGACCUCCAACCACCUCCAUCUCUUCAUGCCUGCCUUCAUGGGUUUCAUUGCUGCAACAACAUCAGUUGUUUAUUACCACAACAUAGAGACGUCCAACUUCCCCAAACUGCUGCUGGUCCUCUUCAUCUACUGGGUGUUGGCGUUCAUAACCAAGUCCAUCAAGCUGUGGAAGUUCGCAGAGUUUGGGAUCCGGUUCAAGUACCUGCGGUUCUGCAUCACGGCCCUGUUGGUGAUCCUUUACGGACUGCUGAUGGCCGUGGAGAUCAACGUCAUCCGAGUCCGGAAAUACGUUUUCUUCACCAACCCCCAGAAGGUGAAACCGCCGGAGGAUUUACAGGAUUUAGGCGUCCGCUUCCUGCAGCCGUUCGUCAACCUGCUCUCUAAGGCGACGUAUUGGUGGAUGAACCCCCUCAUUAUCGGCGCCCAUAAGAGGCCGAUAGAGCUGAAGAAGAUCGGGAAGCUGCCCAUCGCUAUGAGAGCGCUGACCAACUACCUGAGGCUGAAAGACGCCUACGAGGAUCAGAGGACGGGCGAAGAUCCGGACCGAGCGCCGUCCAUCUGGCGCUCCAUGUACAGAGCCUUCGGCCGGCCGAUCCUGCUCAGCAGCACCUUCCGGUACCUGGCCGACCUGCUGGGGUUCGCCGGGCCGCUCUGCAUCUACGGCAUCGUUCGCAACCUGGAUGACGAAAACAACAACACGUCGGCGAACAAGAACAUGGAAAACCAUUUCCGUGUGUACUUCAUGUACACCACUGAGCUUCUGGAGAACAGCUCCGUCUUGGCCGUUCUCCUCUUCCUGGCGCUGGUCCUGCAGAGAACCUUCCUGCAGGCGUCCUACUACGUCACCAUCGAGACGGGCAUCAACCUGAGGGGCGCUCUGCUGGCGAUGAUCUACAACAAAAUCCUGCGACUGUCCACCUCCAACAUGUCGAUGGGGGAAAUGACUCUGGGGCAGAUAAACAACCUGGUUGCCAUAGAAACCAACCAGCUGAUGUGGUUCCUCUUCCUCUGCCCCAACCUCUGGGCCAUGCCUGUACAGAUUGUGAUGGGAGUGAUUCUGCUCUACAACUUUCUGAGCUGGAGCGCCUUGGUUGGAGCGUCGGUUAUAGUUCUGCUGGCGCCGGUUCAGUACCUCAUCGCCACAAAGUUGGCCGAAACGCAGAAAAGCGCUCUGGAACACUCCACAGACCGUCUGAAACAGACCACAGAGAUCCUGAAGGGCAUAAAGCUGCUGAAGCUCUACGCCUGGGAGGACAUCUUCUGCGACAGCGUGGAGCAAACCAGAAGCAAAGAACUCACCAGCCUCAGGACGUUUGCUUUCUACACCUCCAUGUCCAUUUUCAUGAACGCUGCUAUUCCCAUUGCUGCCGUUCUUGCUACGUUUGGGGUUCAUCACUUCCUCACCAGCAGCAUCCCCAGUCCUUCUCAAGCCUUUGCAGCGCUGGCGCUUUUCCACAUCCUGGUGACGCCGCUCUUCCUGCUCUCCACUGUGGUCAGAUUUGCGGUGAAAGCUCUCGUCAGUGUCCAGAAGCUUGGUGAGUUUCUCCAGAGUGAUGAAAUCGGGGACGACAGCUGGAGAAAUGGAGAUAUAUCAGUUUCCCUGGAUGUAGGGAAGAAACACCUGGGGAUGACCAAAGCCAUCAACAGGAAGCAGCCGAUCCGCUACCAGAUGGACAACUACGAGCAGCCGAGCCGGCGGGCGAUGAGACCCACCGAGACGGAGGAUGUGGCCGUAAAGGUGAGCAACGGCUCCUUCACCUGGGGAAACAACCAGUUGACCCUGUCAGACAUCAACAUACGCAUCCCCACAGGUCAGCUAACGAUGAUCGUGGGUCAGGUGGGAUGUGGGAAAUCCUCCCUGCUGCUGGCCAUGCUUGGAGAGAUGCAAGCAAUCGAUGGGAGAGUUUACUGGAGCAAGCUGCCUGAUUGUGAGAUGGCCCACGAAGGGAAUAUCAGUUGGUCAGAGACAGAGGACUCUGAGGAGGACGUUGGGAGCAAGAACAGGAACUCUGUAGCCUACGCUGCCCAGAAGUCUUGGCUGCUUAACGCCACGGUGGAGGACAACAUCACCUUUGGCAGUCCCUUCAACAAGCAACGGUACAAAGCUGUGAUCGAUGCGUGUUCCCUUCAGCCGGACAUCGACCUGCUGCCCUUUGGAGAUCAGACCGAGAUUGGGGAGAGGGGGAUCAACCUGAGUGGAGGUCAGAGGCAGAGAAUCUGUGUGGCCAGGGCUUUGUACCAAAACACCAACAUUGUCUUUUUGGACGAUCCGUUUUCAGCGUUGGACAUCCACCUGAGUGAUCACCUGAUGCAGGAGGGAAUCCUGAAGUUUCUGCAGGACGAUAAGCGAACCUUGGUCCUCGUCACCCACAAGCUGCAGUACCUCAUACACGCAGACUGGAUCAUAGCGAUGAAGGACGGCUCGGUCCUCAGAGAGGGAACCCUGAAGGACAUUCAGACUCACGACACAGAGCUUUACGAUCACUGGAAAACUCUGAUGAACAGGCAGGACCAGGAGCUGGAGAAGGAUAUUCAGCAGGACAGUCAGACGACUCUGGAGAGGAAGACGCUGCGCAGAGCGUUCUACUCCAGAGAACCAAAGAACCAGAUGGACGAUGAGGACGAAGAAGAGGAAGAGGAGGAAGAAGAUGACGAUAAUUUCUCCACCACAACCAGCAGACGGUCCAAGAUCCCGUGGAAGUUGUGCGGCUGCUACCUCUCCUCUGGAGGCUUCUUCAUGGUCUUCCUCAUGGUUUCGUCCAAACUGCUGAAGCACUCGGUCAUCGUUGCCAUUGACUACUGUCUGGCUCUCUGGACUUCCACCAAUCAGACGGCAGAAAACCUUCAGAACCGGACCGCAGCCAAUCAGACGGCAGCAUUCCUGCAGAAUGGGACCGGCUCCAUAAACUCCACCGAUAUUUCUCCUCAACCCGAGCAGGACGUUUACUACCUGCAUGUGUUUUUCGUCCUCUGCGCGGCGGGGAUCACCCUGUGCUUCAUCACCUCCCUCUCUGUGGAGUUUCUGGGUCUUUCUGCUGCCACCAACCUGCAUCACAACCUGCUCAACAAGAUCAUCCACGCCCCAAUCAGGUUUUUUGACGUCACUCCUUUGGGGCAGAUCCUUAACAGAUUUUCUGCUGACACCAACAUCAUCGACCAGCACAUUCCUCCGACGCUGGAGUCUUUGACGCGGUCGACCCUGCUCUGCCUGUCCGCCAUCGGGGUCAUAGCUUCCAUCACUCCGGCUUUCCUCGUCGCCUUGGUGCCCCUCGCCGUCGCCUUCUACUUCAUUCAGAAGUAUUUCAGAGUCGCCUCCAAGGACCUGCAGGACCUGGAUGACUCCACCCAGCUGCCUCUGCUCUGCCACUUCUCUGAGACCGCCGAAGGCCUCACCACCAUCAGAGCGUUCAGACACGAGGCGAGGUUCAAGCAGCGCAUGUUGGAGCUGACGGACACCAACAACACGGCCUACCUGUUUCUGUCUGCUGCCAACCGCUGGCUGGAGGUCCGAACGGACUACCUGGGCGCGGUGAUUGUCCUGACGGUGGCCGUCGCCUCCAUCUGGUCCGGUCGGCCCGGCGGAGGCCUGGUGGGACUCGGUCUGACCUACGCCCUCACGAUCACUAACUACCUGAACUGGGUUGUGAGGAACUUGGCCGACUUGGAGGUCCAGAUGGCAGCGGUGAAGAAAGUCAACAGCUUCCUGGGCACAGAGUCCGAGAACUACGAGGGAUCGAUGGACGCCUCUCAGGUCCCUGAGAACUGGCCUCAUGACGGUGAGAUAAAGAUCCACGACCUGUGUGUGCGCUACGACCCCAUGCUCAAGCCCGUGCUGAAGCACGUCAACGCCUACAUCAAGCCGGGCCAGAAGGUGGGAAUCUGCGGCCGCACCGGCAGCGGGAAGUCCUCGCUGUCUCUCGCCUUCUUCAACAUGGUGGAUAUUUUUGAAGGGCGGAUCGUCAUCGACGGGAUCGACAUCUGUAAGCUUCCCCUGCAGACGCUCCGGUCUCGACUCUCCAUCAUCCUGCAGGAUCCGGUUCUGUUCAGCGGCUCCAUAAGGUUUAAUCUGGAUCCAGAGCGCAUGUGCACCGACGACCGCCUGUGGGAGGCGCUAGAGAUCGCUCAGCUGAAGAACAUGGUUAAAUCGCUUCCUGGAGGACUCGACGCCGUUGUGACAGAAGGAGGGGAAAACUUCAGCGUCGGGCAGCGGCAGCUCUUCUGUCUGGCCAGAGCCUUCGUCAGGAAGAGCAGCAUCCUCAUCAUGGAUGAAGCCACGGCAUCCAUCGACAUGGCGACGGAAAACAUCCUGCAGAAAGUCGUGAUGACGGCGUUCGCAGACAGAACCGUCGUUACGAUCGCACACCGAGUCCACACCAUCCUAACCGCCGAUCUGGUCAUUGUGAUGAAGCGAGGAAACAUCCUGGAGUACGACACACCAGACACUUUACUGGAGCAGGAAGACGGGAUGUUCGCUUCCUUUGUCAAAGCCGACAUGUAGACUCCAACAACCCACGGAUCGGUUUUAAUUUCGACUCUCGGUUUUUAGUUCAAACUCAUUUUUACAACAAGGACACAGAAACAUCACGUCUAAACCGACGAUACAGCAGGACGCCGUGGACAAGCUGAAGCAAUCGUUUUAAUCCAGUUAAUCUCAUUUUGGGUCACCAUCAUGCUCACAAUCUGUAGGAAAAGUCUCACAUUAAACACAAAAGUCUCGUUGCUUCAGUUAGUUUUAUAAAUCAUCUCUAAAGGUUUUGAGCAUCAAUGGGGUUUUCAGUUAAACCUCAAUUAUCAGGUGUUUGUUAGUAAUUAGAUCUACUAGAUUAAAAAAAGAGGUAGAAUAAAUUCAAACCCCAAAUUACUGAAAAGUCUAGAUAAUUUAGCCUAAAUUUUUGUUUUGCCUUUUCUACAAAAAAAUUAUAAUUUAUACGCAAUAAAUUCAAUUAAACCUGAAAGUGGAGAAUUAAAAUAAAAUUCCUACGUUAAACACUGUAGUGUCUUGUGUGGUUAUAAGUUUGUCCAACAUUAGUAGUUAGUUUAACAAGCUCUAGUGGGCAGUGCUAACUAAAAAGCUAGUUGUGCUAACCCUACAUCACUAAUGAAGUACACCAGCAGGGUGUGUAAUGCUAAUGCUAAAGCGCUAUGUUUAACAAUGUUUAUCCCCAUCGUGUGUCAAUAACAUGAACUACGUCAUAGAAUAUCGACCUCAACUGGAUCAAAUUUGUCAUUACACACUUCUGUUUGCGCUACAGGAAAAUAUUAUUUGAAACAAACCUCUCACUCAUGGUUUCAGUUUUAUAGUUGCUUUGCUAACUCUGCAGCAUAUGCUAAAGACUUUCCCCCACUUCAAAGUCAUUAGCCCAAUAGUCAACAAUCAAAACUUCACUCACAUGUCAAACUUUGAUUAGCUCCACGAUUAGCGGGAGUGUCCCCAUCAGUGUUGACAGACUUCUGCAACUUAGAAUUUUGUCAAUAUUUCUUUAUGAACUCUUCUUCUUGGUUUCACGACCAAUAAAAAGGGCUCCAAAUAUGUCCAAGAUUAAGACUGACAUGUGGUUAAUUAAAUUUAUUUUGUUUUAUUUCUUCUUUUCAGCAGAUACUGCAAAAAACAAAGGCUGGAUUACUCCAGUUAGAAUCUAAGAUUUAGCAUCUUUCAACUGCAAACACUCACACUCAGGAAGACGUGCGUUAAUCCGCCACAUUAAAUAGUCCCAGAUGAGUUCAGUUUUCUUUUAAGGUUUUAAAACCUCCUAUACCUGGUUUUUGUGCCUCUUAGGAUUUUAAAACAUUUUGUGAAAUUUACCCUGAUUUUGGUGAUCCCGGACGAGCCCCCAGUUGUUUUACGUCUCUUUGUCUAGCUGAGUUUCUACAGGCUCUGUGCUUUUAGGACCUUUUGUGAUUUCAUUCUUUUUAAACUGUUUAACUUUUACAUAUUGUAACACUUUUACACUUUUAUCAGUUUUAACACAGAUGCUAAGCAAUAAUAAUGCAGAAGGUUUGAAUGUUGGCUGGUGUUUGGUGCUUUUUGCUGUUUUUUUCACUGUGAAGGAAGUUUUUUAUCAUUAUUAUUUUACUCUUUGGUUUAUUGUAACAGAAAUACGACUGAUAGAGAAGACUGAACUGGUUUCUCAUGAUUAUUUUGGUGGGUACCAUGGAGCCGUUUUUGAUAUGGGCAGUUGUCCAGGGUGGCAUCAGGAAGGGGAGGACAUAAUGUAUAAGAAAAUUAGAGUUGGUACUUUAACACGUUAACUUUCAUUAAUUAAUUACAAAGAACGGGUUAAAAUUUGAACACAAAUGAUAAUUUGUUGGGUUUUUUUUUCUUUUUUCAAUGAUUGAUUCCUGAAACCGGAACGUUUUUAUUUCCAUGUUUCUGGUACGGCUGUAAAUCUAACACACAGUAAUAGACAACAAAGUUGCUUCUCUCAGCCCACCGAGGGUCAAUUUUGGCUUCUAAAAUGAUCUGAUUGGAAAAGACUAUUGUUGUGUUCAAGUUGUGCUAAAAUGAGUUAGCCAAUCAGCGAAGCUACUCAAGCCUAAUGCUAAUGCUAAUCGUGUUGGUAAUGCUAAUGUUAGCGUCCACUGUCCACAUUUCUAAAGAUGCUCCAUGAACAAAUUAAAAACAAUAGAUAUCUUUGUUAAUAAACUCAUUUAAUUCAAUAAUUUGCAAAAACAAAAAGUUUUUUAAUUGAAAUGUUUAUUUUGUUAAUGUGUUGGUUUUGAUUAUUACUAUUAAUUGAUUACAGACCCUGAAAUUAAAACCUCAAUGUAGUCCCACCACUAAAAUUAUACAACUUAAAUAUUUGAAGUUGCAUAAUUUGUUCUGUGAAAUGUUUAUUUUUUGUUGAGCAUCAAACCUUCCAGACUGAAGCAGUCUGUUAAAGCUGCAGCAUGUUUCUGCUCCAUGUUGUCGCUCAGUCGGUCGUAUUUCUGUGCAGAUUCGGUGUGAACACUGUAAGGCGCCGCGGCUGUCUGUCUGCAGCCGCUGGCCCUGCUGUCUGUCUGCAGUCGUGCUUUGCUGAACGUUUUUUGCUUCGUUUUUAGGGUCGACAGCUUCCGGUACCUGGAGAGGUGAUUUUCUGUAAAGUCUGAUCAAAACUUUUCUAAUUUGAUUUUCUUAAAUUAGUUUAGGUUCAUUUAGUUAGAAUUAAAGUUAAACUUUCUGGCAGAAAGCUUUCAUGAAUAAUGGUUGGUUAAAUUUUACCAAGAUUUUACUGGAAAUAUUUUAUAACUUUUACUAUUUACCAAACUGACCUGAAAACAUUUAUCUGUGUUUUUAUAAUAUUUUAAAUAUAAAUUAUUCUUUUCUUUAACAAAAUUUAAAAAUACAUAUUUCACCCCUUUAUAGUCAGAACUACUAAUAAAUUAUAAUUAUGGCCUUUAUUGUAUUUAGUUUUAUGCUAUUUCAUAAUAAUUUAGCAACAUUUUUUCACCUCUGGGAAUGUUGCUGUUGUCUCUGUGUUCUGGUUAAUUGGUUAAACUGUUUUUAUAUGAUUUAUAUUAUUUUUAUUAUUUUAUGGCUUUUCUUCUGUCAGGAGAAAACACCAGGUUUAUUAGAUUGUGUUUAUUUUAGUUUUUUCUGAUGUUUCAUCUCAAGACGUUUCUGCUUCAGUUAAACAUCAUCAGGUUUGUUUGUUUUUUCACUCCUCAUGUUAAAAUCUUCACUUCAACCUUUCCUCUUCAGUUCUGAACAUUGUUCUCCCUUUGUUUUAUUUUUUAUCCAUGCAGCUGAUAUCAAAUUGUUUGCAUAUUUACUCUUCUGCAUUCAUCUCUGCUGGACUCCUUUAACACAACAAACUGUCUGAAAACGGCAGCAGUGAAAACAAACAAGAUGAAACAGAUUAAUGUGACUUAAUUUUAAAAAAUCAGUGACAUCAGCAGCUCUAUGCAGAAAGUUUCACUUGUUCUGAAUUCACUCGACUGUUAGUGACAUUAAAUGCAAGUUUUAUAUGAUUUUUAUAAGCAUGUGUCAAUUCUGUUUGCAUAUCUAAGGGUUUUAGUAAUAUAAAACAAUGAUUUAUUAUUUGUGCCUAUUUUUUACACAUGAAAUGACAAUAAAACAGUUUUAAGUAAA